AGUAUAUCUUUUCCUUCAAAGCGGCAAAAAAAAACUGAAGCACUUCAAGAACUUAUUCAAAUUCGUUCUGAACUUAAAGGAAAACCAGUUUAUUUCUUUCCAAAAUUAGAUAGAUAUUUUGAAGGUAUAUUAAUGUUUGAUGCAAAAGAACAAAGAACCUAUAUUUAUAGUUUAAUAAAUGAUUAUAAAUAUGAAACAUUUUCUAAGUGGAUAAAUGGAUUGCAAAAAUGUGGAUUAUUCAAAGGACAACGAUCAGCUCUUGCAACUGUUUUUUUAGAACCAAAUCCUACCAGUUUACCAAUUGCUUUAAUUUUACAUAUAUCAGAAUAUAUACCAUAUUGGAAAUCGAUAGCAAGUGCAAAUAUUGAAGAUAUUUUUUUAUAUAUGCAAAGUAAAAUUAAGCCGGAAGGAAAAUUUUCUGAAACCACAAUACGAUAUCAAGACAAAUAUCUUGAAAUUUAUUUUUUUAAACAACAACUAUUAGAAAAACAAUUACUGAUUAAAGCAAAAAGAAUUUUAAUCACAUAUGAGGUUUUUGUUUGUAAUCAACUUGUAAAAGAAGAAUAUCUUCCUUUUCUAACUAAAGCAAUUAAAAGAACUUAUGACAAAGUAAAAAAUUUUAUUGAAUAUAUAUAUAAUUUAAAUAUUUGCCAAAGACAAAGUACUAAAGGAUUUGAAAAUGUAACAUAUAUUCAUGGAACCCAAUUGGUUAAUAAUAAACGGAAUUCUCAAAAAGAACAUAUACCCUUUGCUUUUCUUGAAAAACAAAGCCAACCUGAUAAAGCAUAUUGA